AUCAUCCACACACGCCUCCUCCUCAGCAGGUUUAAACACCAUGGCACCCAAAGGAGGAAACGCAAAGAAGGAAAGUGGGCGUUCAAAGAAAGCCGAGAACGAGGCAAAGAAGGCGGACGCAGCUACCGCCGACCGGGAGCGCAAAGAAGCCGAGAAAUGGACGGACGGCUCCAAGUCGAACAAGUCUAAAGAAGAAAAGGAGGAGAAGCGCAAGGCCGAACUAGCGCGCAAGGCUGAGCUCGCGCGGCUCCUCGCGGAGGAGGAAAGCGCGGCGCCCGCCAAGGUGAAGGCUGCGCCCAAGGCCGGCGCGAAGAAGGGCAAGGGCAAAGACCUACCGCCCGCGGGCCCUGGGGCGAUCGCUGCGAGCGCGAGCAAGCAGGCAGAGGCGGACAAGGAGAAGGAGAAGGAGAAGGAGAAGGAGGAGUUUAAGCCGGUAGAGGCAGAGAGUUUCUCUGCGACGGGAAUUGAUAAUGCGCUCGAUCUCCUGGAUAUAGUUACUGCGAGGAUGGACAAGGCGAGCGUCGGUACGCAGGCAGCUGGAAUCGAGCGGCAUCCUGAGCGACGAUUCAAGGCUGCAUUUGAGGCAUACAAGGAACGCGAGCUGCCCAUAGCCAGAAAAGACCACCCCGGACUGCGGCUACAGCAAUACCAGGAUCUUUUGUUCAAGCAGUUCCAGAAAUCACCCGAGAACCCAUUCAACCAGGUCACGGUCGAUUUCAACGCGUCCAAGGACGACAAGGUGCAGGCGCUCAAGGCGAAGCAGGAGGCUGUGGAGAAGCGGUUGCGUUCUUGAGUGUCGCUGUUCGCGUGUCUGAGUGGUGACCAUUGGGAGAUGUUUGAUGCUUGAUCUCAAAAAAUAACGACGUUUUACGAAUACAAACGUGUGCUGUGUAUCUUCGUAGACAACUGUAACCCAUUGUAUACUUUUCCAUUCUCAUGAUCACUACUUGGCUCUUGGCUGACGAGUCAAGUCUUCCAUCGG